GGGGAGGGACUGGCCGCACCGACGGGCAGCGAGCUGGGGCUCGCUCCGAUUUAUAGAAAUAAAAAAGCAUCGCGCUUAACGACUAACGCUUCUUUAUUGAUAUGUCGUUACUAACAGCGCUUUGGCAGCAAGCGUUUCUGUAGCAGGCCACGGAAAUGUAAAUUAAGCGUUGCCACGCUUAAGAACUAAGAGUUGAGUGACAUGUGCAAUGGCCGGCUCUUUAAGAGGUGAAGUACUGAACCUUUAUAAAAAUCUGCUGUACCUUGGAAGGGAGUAUCCCAAAGGAGCAGACUACUUUAGAAGCCGGUUGAAAGCAGCUUUUCUAAAAAACAAAGAUGUGAAAGAUCCUGAAAAAAUUAAGCAGCUAAUUGCACGAGGAGAGUUUGUUAUAAAAGAGUUGGAGGCUUUGUACUUCCUCAGGAAAUACAGAGCUAUGAAAAAGCGCUACUACAGUGAUGACAAAGAAUAACUGCUGCGACCCUAACGAUACAAAGCCAUAAACAGCCAAUAAAAGAAGUGAAACUUCACAAGAAAUGAACAGUAAAUCCUUCCACCUCA